AUGACCCUGAAUGACAUCAAAGCCUUCGUCGAAGCUGAGAUUGGGGUUCCUCCAUCUGCCCAAAUAUUCUUAAGAGAUGGGAUGGCAGUCACAAACACUUCCAUGACGCUUGCACAGUUUAACGUCCAGGAAGGUGGUAUAAUACCGAUGGCAAUCCAGGCCAAUCCUCCAAGACGACGAACCGCUCAAGGUACAUCCAGUGGCCAACCCUCAACGGAGAGGGCUAGAAACUUCAACCACUCUGAGCCAUUGCGAUCCCGGAUAUUAGGGGACCCUGCCAUCAUGGCCGAUUUUCGGAGACAAGAUCCCGAACUUGCAGCUGCCGCUCAGGAUCAAGAGAGAUUCCACGAUCUACUACAAGAGAGGCUGAGGCAAAACGAGCAGAUGCAGAGAGAGAAAGAAGAGCAGAUUGCGCUUCUAGAGGCGGAUCCUUUCAAUGUUGAUGCACAACAGAAAAUUGAAGAAAUGAUACGGCAAGAACGUGUCGCAGAAAACCUACAGAAGGCAAUGGAAGAGUUUCCGGAAGCAUUCGGCAAGGUCACCAUGCUCUAUAUCGAUGUCAUCGUCAACGGCCAUCCCAUCAAAGCUUUCGUAGACUCAGGAGCACAAACGACCAUCAUGUCCCCGUCAGCUGCCGAACGGUGUGGCAUCCUCCGGCUGGUCGACAAACGAUUUGGGGGUAUUGCAAAAGGUGUAGGUACCGCCCAAAUAUUGGGUCGAGUUCAUUCGGCCGAAAUCGAAAUUGGACAGUACAACCUCGCCAGCAGCUUCACAGUCAUGGAAGGCAAAGAUGUAGACCUGCUACUAGGGCUUGACAUGCUCAAGCGGCAUCAGAUGUGCAUCGAUCUGAAGAAAAAACUGUCUCCGCAUUGA